AUAUAUAUAUAUAUGGCGAACAUGCAAAUAGUUCCGGCAGGCAGAAAUAUUAAUGUAGAACCUCAGUAUGUGGAAAUGAUGGUGCCUCUAUACUCUUAUGGUUGUGAGAGAAAAGUUAACAAGGCACUUUCCCAUAUCAAAGGGAUAUAUUCAGUGAAUGUAGAUUUUGAAGAACAAAAGGUGACGGUAUGGGGAAUAUGCAACAAGUAUGAUGUGUUAGCCACAGUUAGGAGCAAACGAAAAGCCGCUCGUUUUUGGAAUGCAGAAGACAACAACAUGCAAGAAUCAGAAACAGAUUCACCACCAGCAUCUCGUUAUCGAAUUAGGCCCAGAGCACCACCUUUAGCUCUCAUUAGGGCUCGAUCUCUAAGCUGGAAAUUAGCUUUGAAAAAGGCCUUCACAAGAUCAUAUUCAUUCUAAUUAAAACAUAAGGCCUAAAUAUGAGCAUGAUUGUAACUUUGUAUUAUAUAGCUGCCACUUAUGCCGGCGAUUAAUUAUCCCCAUCUUCAAUUGCUUCCUAUCUUUGCUUUUUCGAGGGAUAAAUACUUCGUUUAUGUUUGAUUAUGCCUAUGAUCGUUAUAAAGUUUUACCAUAAAAUUAUA